AUGGCCGAGCAGGCUGCAGCGGUGCGGAGAAAUGAUGCCAGUUCUCAAAUUGCAGCUCACACGACGAGAUCCGGCCACACAUUCAAAUUCGACGGGGCCGAAAUUCUCGCAAGAGGUGACAACCGCGUGAGCUACUUGAAUCAUGGUUUGCUGGUCCCCAGUCAAUUCAGAAGUGCAAUGAACUUCCCCUUCCAUACUUCGUGCUGAGACCUCGCCUAGGCGGAGUAAUUAACCACACGGGAGCGCACAAGUGAACACUUUCCCCAACACCAGGGUCGGUGCGUCAGAUGGUCGAGCAAUCAUCACACCAACAUCCAACGCACGUGAUGAAAUUGCAACAAUAAACGGCGCGAAUAUCGGCCAUCAAACAGUCAUCAAACCACGUGCAACGAUCCCUGAUGCAGGGGUGAGCCGUGAAUAUUCAUAGGUAUGCGGUAGCUUGGCAAUUCCAUCCUAUAAAUACUGCAGACCCUUGUGCAUGAACCACCCGUAUCUACUUUUUUGUCUCUGAUGAUGGGUUCGAGCAGGAAUCCGAAACGUAAGGCUAAUAAAGCUCUUGUCCCAGCGAUCGUGUCUCCUUCUUCAAUAGCAGGACUCUUGGUGGAGAAGAAGUUUCUCCUCUGACAUGUUUCUGCAUGCGUUAGGCGACGUAGUUAGGUGGCAGUAAGCUAUACCUACCCGAAUUACCCUCAGCAACCAACUUGACUUUCAUACACUGGACAACUCGACCAGGGUUUGAAAUCUGGUGUCAUAAUGGAUGUUAGACGUGACGCUCUAGGCGACUGGGUUUAGGGUUAACAUCAGCAAAGUCUGGACCAAGUGGGGACCCUCAGUCUAUUUUUCCGGCUAACUGGUUCUCGGACAAGGGAAAGCGAAAAACGGUGCGGUGAUUACCUCCCAGCAGUUCGACCGUCGGUUUGGACGGUGUCCACUGUGUGCCGCACAGCAAGGCGACAGCAAAGGGAGUGACUGACGCAUGAAGUAGUUUAAAGUGAUAACAGACUUGCACAGCAUCUCUCGCACCCCAUCCUCCUUCCCCACUCGGGUCCAGUGUCAGGAAGACCGGAGGCUUGAGAGGGCGCAGGUGGCUGACACGACGUAAGUGUGCACCUUGGCGUACUAUCACACCUCCCUGGUCCAUACCGCAUACUGGCCAGUAUUCUAAACUACAAGAACAAAGGGGGGGAGGCAGCAGGGAUCCCGAUCGGCACGGCCUGAACCUGUAACUGGGUUUGCCACAGAAUCCCGAGUUCCGACAUUCGUUAUGGAUGUGCAAGCCCGCUAGCGCCUGCCGGAAUCCGAUGUGGACCUCCAUGUUGGUUCAGCACAUCUACCGCGUGGCACGUUCUAGGAGCAAGACUACGCCCCACCGAGAUAGAGGCAGACGAAGAUAGGUGGUCCCAGAAGGGUUCACCUAAUUUGUUAACAGUUUUUUGGCAAAUGAAAACUAACAUUCUAGACAGUGUUAUAAGAGUUUAUACGAACCAGUCGCAGGAAUAUGGGUGUAGUAUGACCGAUGGAGGGCCGUACACCGUUUUGACAAAUCUUGCAUGGGGGAAACAGCAGAGGAUGCUAUUAUCCCAUCCGCUGUAAUUAUAGUUCCGUGUAGUCUGUUUCGAACCUCUGUAGCGUUCCCAACCGAUGUUUCAGAGUUCUUUGUAAGUGAAUAGAAGUGCAGGCGAGUUCCAGGAAGCAGUUCAAAAGAAGAACAGGGAGAAGAAGAAGAAGAAGAAGAAGAAGAAGAAGAUGAUGAUGAUGAUGAUGAUGAUGAUGAUGAUGAUGAUGAUGAUGAUGAUGAUGAUGAUGAUGAUGAUGAUGAUGAUGAUGAUGAUGAUGAUGAUGAUGAUGAUGAUGAUGAUUAUGAUGAUGAUGAUGAUGAUUAUGAUGCGGCCACUGGAACAAUAGGUUUAUUGGUUCGAGGUUUCGGAUUCUAUCGCAUCUUCUUCUUCUCAUGCUAUCGGUGCCAGUGAAAAGUUGGUUUCGUGGAUUGCAGGGAGUCCGCAGAUCUUUAAGUUGGUUGACCAAAUCUGUCCCAGGAAUUUGGCAAUAUCUAUUGAAAACUGUCUCUUCCCUGCAGAACCCUUCAAUACUGUAAUAUGUAGUCCCUAAAGUUCCCAGAAUCCGAUUCCACUACGACAUUUCGGUCACGGCAACGAUGAUAUCCCUCCCCGUGGUGGGUGCAGGGACAGCGCCUUGCGAAUAAAUUAAUUUAUAAUGGUGGCAGACUGGCGUAGUAUAGACCGCGCUUUCACAUGGAGAAGGAAAAGCACUUAAAGACCUUAAACAACUGGUAAAAAUAUCAACAUUUUCCCCACGGAUAAAGGUAGCUCAGUAGAGACUGUGGACAUAAAAGACUGCACUGAAAAGAUGUUGCCAUUGUUGGAAAAUAAAUCAUUCGGUAAACGCUUUGCUACGGACCCCAGGAAACCCAAUCGGAAAUUUUGCAGAAUCACACUUCCGGCUUCACUCAUCGUCUAACGUCCUGACUGAUUCCUAUUAUUCAGACAUGCAGUAAUGUGGACUAGGAAGAGCAAGAACACUUUUUUGAUCAAGCAGAGAUGAUAGAUGUGAUAUGUCUUAUUAAAAGAGUACGUACAAAUUAAUUUCUUUCAUUUCCUUUGCGGCAGUUUCGAAGGAGGACGACAGAGGAAAUGAGGAUGAGGUGGUGGUGGUGGUGGUGUCGCUGGUGGUGGUGUCGCUGGUGGUGGAGGAGGAGGACGAUUAG